GUAUAGUUCAGUCGGGUGUGGAGUCAAGUAUGACCGCUUAGUUAGCUCAGUUAUCACCGAUUGUAAGCUGCACGCUUUUUUCGUUCGGAAGAACUAAUCGGUUUCUCGGAGUCUCGCGGAGGUGGAAAAAGGCGGGGCGUGUCACAGUGUCAGCGGCCCUCCUUGCACGGUCCUGCUCGGCGCGUGCUGCUGCUGCUGUAGCGUCUGCUCCGCGAGACCGCAGGUGGAACGUGUUCGCUCGUGACGUUCACAUCUGCUCGCGCUGGAUAACGGACCCUAUUACCCCCAGAAGAGCGAGGCAUUUCCAGGGAUAUUUACCACGCGAGUCUUGGAGAAUUAUUCAUAGGGAUUCCGCGAGAACACAAACACCCAGGAUGAGGGAGCCCAGGAACCCGUGCAAGGAUCGGGUCUGACGAUUCGGAGAGGACGGCCGAUAAACAUGAGAGCACGUCGCUGUAACCCUCUGCCCUAUUCGUCCUCGACAUCCCCCCUCUGCCUUCCUGCGAACUCUCACUGAUCCCCGCGUUCCCAAAGGAAGAAUAUCGGAUAACUGAGAAAAGAAACUGCAAACAAACCCAGGAGGUUUUUUUCCACCAGCGUUGGAAUUCAAGAAACUAGGAUUCUAUUUUCGGCUCGAGUUUGCCGGCUUUGCCUAAAUUAGCUCAUCCCUUGCUCCCGUCGCCCCCCCCCCCUCUCUCUUUUCCAUCUCUUUCUCUCCCUCUCUACCCCUUCUUCCUCUCCACACUCAUUGAAACUCCCGUAGGCCUCGACCAAUGGAGAGACAGAGGAGAGAGUCAGGAUAAGGAAGAGAAAUAGAGCUUUGAAAAGAAAAACUGCUGAUUGGUUAGAAAUUGGAAAUUGGAAUCUUCGAAAUAGCGAGGAACAUUUUGGCCCAGUAACCUUUCCAAUUUCACUUUGGUAUUAAAUACCAACUUUUUCAAACGCCACUCUAGACACUCCCAAACUCAAUUAACAAAUUUAUCGGGCCGCUUUUUACCUCGAAUUGGGAGCUCUUGACGGCGGCAGUUCUCAAACACACACACCAGCCCCGAGGGGGACGCUGAGCAUGACGAGGGCUGUGCCGUCCCUGCGCUGGCCCCUGUGGCCCCUGGCCCUGCUCCACCUGCUCACCGCGGUGAGCACGCUGGAGUUCGGCGGCGCGCCGGGCCAGUGGGCGCGCUACAGCCGCUGGGAGGCGGGCUCCGUCGGCGAGCUGAGCUUCAGCCUGAAGACCAACAUCAGCAAGGCGCUGGUGCUCUACCUGGACGACGGCGGCAACUGCGACUUCAUGGAGCUGCUGGUGGCCGGCGGGCGACUCCACCUGCGCUUCGCCAUCCACUGCGCCGAGCCCGCCUCCCUGCACAUGGAGACCCCCGUGGACGACGACCGCUGGCACAUGGUGCUGCUCACGCGCAACUUCCGCGAGACCCUGCUGAUGGUGGACGGCGAGACCAAGGUGGCGGAGGUGAAGUCCAAGCGGAAGGAGAUGGCGGUGGUCAGCGACCUGUUUGUGGGCGGCAUCCCGCCCGACGUGCGCCUCUCGGCCCUCACGUCCAGCACGGUCAAGUACGAGCCCCCGUUCCUGGGCCUCAUCUCCAACCUGAAGGUGGGCGAGAUGCCCCCGGCGCUGCUCAACAGCAUGGGCAUCCAGAGCGACCUGGAGUACAUGUGCACCAAGCAGAACCCCUGCCUCAACGGGGGCUUCUGCUCCAUCCAGUACGGCGAGGUGCACUGCGACUGCACCCAGACGCGCUACAAAGGGAAAUACUGCAAGGAAGCAGAGGAGUAUGCUGUUGAAGGAGACUCAUCGCAAGUUGGCAAGGAGGAGUCGGUGGCCACCUUCAAGGGCAACGAGUUCUUCUGCUACGACCUGUCCCUGACGCCCAUCCAGAGCAGCACGGACGAGAUCACGCUCUCCUUCCGCACACAGCAGCGCAACGGCCUCAUGCUGCACACGGGCAAGUCGGCCGACUACGUCAACCUGUCGCUGAAGAGCGGCGCCGUGUGGCUGGUCAUCAAUCUGGGCUCCGGGGCCUUCGAGGCGCUGGUGGAGCCCGUCAACGGCAAGUUCAACGACAACGCCUGGCACGACGUGCGCGUCACUCGGAACCUGCGCCAGCACGCAGGCAUCGGACACGCUAUGGUGACCAUUUCGGUGGAUGGUAUACUGACCACCACCGGCUACACCCAGGAGGACUACACCAUGCUGGGCUCCGAUGACUUCUUCUACAUCGGGGGGAGCCCCAACACGGCCGACUUGCCUGGGUCCCCCGUCAGCAACAACUUCAUGGGCUGCCUCAAGGAUGUGGUGUACAAAAACAACGACUUCAAGCUGGAGCUGUCCCGCCUGGCCAUCGACCGCGACCCCAAGAUCACGCUGAACGGCGACCUGGUGUUCCGCUGCGAGGACGUGGCCGCCCUGGACCCCAUCACCUUCGAGACCCCCGAGUCGUUCGUGGCGCUGCCCAAGUGGAACACCAAGAAGACGGGCUCAAUCUCCUUCGACUUCCGCACCACCGAGCCCAGCGGCCUGCUGCUCUUCAGCCACGGGCGGCCCCAGGGUCCCAAGGAGCAGAAGCCGGGCCGGGAGCUGAAGACGGACUACUUUGCCAUGGAGCUGCUGGACGGGUACUUGUACCUGCUCAUAGACAUGGGCUCCGGCAAGACCAAGCUGAAGACCAGCAACAAGAAGGUCAACGACGGGGAGUGGUGCCACGUCGACUUCCAGCGGGAGGGCCGGAAAGGCUCCAUCUCGGUCAACAGCCGCAGCCUCCCCUUCAGCUCCCCCGAGGGCAGUGAGAUCCUGGACCUGGACGGGGACAUGUACCUGGGCGGCCUGCCCGAGACGCGCGCCGAGCUGGUGCUGCCCCCGGAGGUGUGGACGGCCCUGCUCAACCUUGGCUACGUGGGCUGCGUGCGGGACCUCUUCAUCGACGGCAAGAGCCGGGACGUGCGGCGGCUGGCCGAGAUCCAGAGCGCCAUGGGCGUGAGCAGCUUCUGCACCCGGGAGCAGCAGAAGCGCUGCGGUCCCUGCGGGAACGCCGGAGGACACUGCAAGGAGGGCUGGAACCGCUACAUCUGCGACUGCACCGGCACCGGGUACCUGGGGGGAAACUGUGAGAUAGAGGCCACGGUGCUGAGCUACGAUGGCAGCAUGUACCUGAAGGUCAUCACCCCGCUGGCGCUGCAUACGGAGGCGGAGGACGUGGCGCUGCGCUUCAUGUCCCAGCGCGCCUACGGCCUCCUCAUGGCCACCACGUCCCGCGAGUCCGCCGACACCCUGCGCCUGGAGCUGGACGGCGGCCGCGUCAAGCUCACCGUCAACCUGGAUUGUAUCAGGAUAGACUGUAACCUCAGCAAGGGGCCGGAGACGCUGUUCGCAGGACAGAAGCUCAACGACAACGAGUGGCACGCCGUCAAGGUGGUGCGGAGGGGCAAGAACCUCCAGCUGUCAGUGGACAACGUCACAGUGGAAGGCCAGAUGACGGGCGCCCACACCCGCCUGGAGUUCCACAACAUCGAGACGGGCAUCAUGACCGAGCGCCGCUUCAUCUCCGUGGUGCCGUCCAACUUCAUCGGCCACCUGCAGGGCCUCACCUUCAACGGGGUGCCCUACCUCGACCAGUGCAAGAACGGUGACAUCUCCUACUGCGAGCUCAACGCCCGCUUCGGCAUGCGCCACAUCAUCGCUGACCCCGUGACCUUUCGGACCAAGGGCAGCUACCUGGCGCUGGCCACGCUGCAGGCCUACGCCUCCAUGCACCUCUUCUUCCAGUUCAAGACCACCACGCCCGACGGCCUCAUGCUCUUCAACUCAGGCGACGGCAGCGACUUCAUCGUGGUGGAGCUCGUCAAGGGCUACGUCCACUACGUGUUCGACCUGGGCAACGGGCCGUCGCUGAUGAAGGGCAACUCGGACAAGCCACUGAACGACAACCAGUGGCACAACGUGGUGGUGUCCCGGGACGCCGGCAACGUGCACACGCUCAAGAUUGACUCGCGCACCGUGACACAGCACUCCAAUGGAGCACGGAACCUGGACCUCAAAGGGGAGCUGUAUAUCGGUGGAGUGAUCAAGACCAUGUACGGCAACCUGCCCAAGCUGAUCGCGUCCCGGGACGGCUACCAGGGCUGCCUGGCCUCGGUGGACCUCAACGGGAGACUGCCCGACCUGAUGGCGGACGCCCUCCACAGCGUGGGACAAGUGGAGCGAGGCUGCGACGGACCCAGCACCACCUUACGGAGGAGUCCUGCUACAAACCAGGGCGUGUGGCUCCAACAGUGGGAGGGCUUCAGCUGCGACUGCACCAGGACGUCCUAUGGAGGCUCCUUCUGCAGCGACCCUGGGACGACCUACAUCUUCGGUCGUGGCGGAGCCCUCAUCACCUACACCUGGCCCCCCAACGACCGGCCGAGCACGCGGGCCGACCGGCUGGCCGUGGGCUUCAGCACGCAGCUGAAGGAGGCCGUACUGGUCAGGGUAGAGAGCGCCAAGGGACUGGGAGACUACCUGGAGCUCCACAUAGAGCGGGGGAAGGUCGGCGUGAUCUUCAAUGUGGGCACGGACGACAUCGCCAUCGAGGAGAGCGCGGUCGCCGUGAGCGACGGAAAGUACCACGUGGUGCGCUUCACGCGCAGCGGGGGCAACGCCACGCUACAGGUGGACAACCAGCCCGUCAUCGAGCGCUUCCCCUCAGGCCGACAGUUGACCAUCUUCAACAGCCAGGCGUUCAUCAAGAUCGGGGGUGGCAGCGGCGGCGAGAAGGGCCGCCACUUCCAGGGCCAGAUCUCGGGGCUGUACUACAACGGCCUGCAGGUGCUGAAGCUGGCGGCCGAGGGCGAUGCCAACGUGCAGUCGCAGGGCAACCUGCGGCUGGUGGGCGACGUGCCCUCGGUGCUCACCACCGACACCACCGCGUCGUCCACCACGCCUGCGCUGGCCGACAUGUCCACCACCAUCAUGGAGACCACCACCACCAUGGCCACCACCACCACGCGCAAGCAGCGCUCGCCCACCAUGAGAGACAGUGUCACGCAGAACACAGAUGACCUACUGGUUGCGUCGGCCGAGUGUCCCAGCGACGAUGAGGACCUAGAGGAGUGUGAACCCGGAAACGGAGGUGAAUUAGUGUUGCCCAUAAUUACCGUGGACUCCCUAGACCCCCCGUCCAUCGCGACGCGCUACCCGGUAGUCCCCCCGCCCCCGACCACGUAUCGCCCCUUCCUCACCCUGCUCGAGACCACCAAAGAGACCCUGUCCCUGCCCAACCACGUCCCCGCGCGGGCCCCCUGCCCCCUGGACCACGAGGACUGCGAGGAGCCCAUCGAGGUGUCGGCGUACGGCUCGGGCGAGAUGACCGAGUCGGACGACGAGGACUAUUUCAAAAACUCGCCGCUCGUCACCGACCGGACGGUCCUCCCCCCGCCGCCCGCCGCCCAGAACCCCCGCGACCGCCACUCCUCCCGCGUCCCCGACCCCCACCGCCCGCCCCUCCCCUCCACCCCCACCGCUGACCCCGACCACCUCGGCCCGCGGCCCAAGCCCCCCAACGCCAACCCCGGCGGCAACGCCAACAUCCCCGCCGGGAAGAUGAACACCCGGGACCAGGUGCUGCUGCCCCCGCCGCCGCCGGCCCACCCGUCCUCCUCCGACCCGGGUCAGCGGCGCCACCCCGCCGGAGGGGUGACCCACCCGCCUAACUUCCCCCAUGUGCCCACCGCAGAUCCCACGUCCCCCGAGCGGGGCCUGCCCGGGGCCGUGGAGGUGCAGCAGUCCAGCAGCACCACCGGCAUGGUGGUGGGCAUCGUGGCGGCCGCCGCCCUCUGCAUCCUCAUCCUGCUCUACGCCAUGUACAAGUACCGCAACCGCGACGAGGGCUCCUACCAGGUGGACCAGAGCCGCAACUACAUCAGCAACUCGGCCGCCACGCAGAGCAGCAACGGCACGCUGGUGAAGGAGAAGCAGGCGGGCGCCGCCAAGACGGUCACCAAGAACAAGAAGAACAAGGACAAGGAGUACUACGUCUGAGGGAGCCAGGAGCCGGAGGGGGAGCGCCUAGACAGCGAAGCCUGAACCGCGGGGCCGGGGCACUUCUUCUAAAGAGGAGCGAGAGAGAGGGAGAGAGAGAGAGAGAGAGAGAGAGAGAGAGAGAGAGAGAGAGAGAGAUGGAGGCAGAGAGGAUGAGACAUGGUGUCUUUUCUUUUGACACGUUAAAAGUGUCGAUUGCCAUCGUAGAAAUUGAGGUUCUAGGAAUACUUUACUUAUUUGUCGCACUCAUUAGCUCCCAAAUUGGUAUAUACAGUACACUGUGUAUCGGUGGCUUGGACUGAUUUUAGUGUUUAUGGCUUGUCCAGUGUGUUUAUGUGUGUGUUUGUAAGAGAGAGGCUGCCACCUCUAGCACCACACGAAACCAACACACACAAACACCAACAAACACACACAAACACAAGCACACACCCACACAAACACACACACAUACACACACCAACACACACACACACACACACACACACAGACACACACACACACACACACACACACACACACACACACACACACACACAGUGCCAAGAAGGACACAACUAAAAUGUCUUGUUUAUCUCACGCCAGGUGAGUCUUUUGUAAAUUGCCAUGGGGAGAAAAAGACUGCCAGUAUUUGAGUGAAGGUCCAUACAUCCUCAAGGCCAUUGUAAAAAACAACACAACCUCAAUCAGUAUGAGAAUAGAUAAGGUUCAAGUAAAGACAUUUCAGUUCAAGUGAAGAAUAGCAGUGACACACGCCUGUGAAAUUUGAAUUCUGACAAAGAAAAAAAAACAGUGUCAAAGCCACUGGCCUUCUCCCUCUGUAAGUAUUAAGAAGUCUCCUAGUGUCCUCUCUUGAUCUCUCGCUGUCCCUCACGUCUCCUUCUCUCUCUCUCUCUCUCUCUCUCUCUCUCUCUCUCUCUCUCUCUCUCUCUCUCUCUCUCUCUCUCUC